UCAAAUUGCAUUUGGAUCUUGAACGUCGUCUCCAUAUCAUAAAUAUAUAAAACCAAAUGCACCAUAAAAGGGGAAAUCUUUUCUUUCCAUUCAUUUGCUCUCUGUAGAACCCUACCCUCUACCCACCUCCUCUUCUAUACAUACACUUUCAUACUUCGAUUCGAUUCGAUUCGCUUCAGAAUAUCAGUUUUGAUUUUCUUCCGAUUGCUAUUUCAUCUUUUAAUUGAAAGAUUAGUUAGACAGCAUGAGCACCCUGGAGCGAGUUACAAGGUAUACCAGGAGUCGGAGGAGGAAGCCAAUGUUAAAUGUUGAUCUUAAUGCUGCACCACCAUGUGAAAGCCGAAGUCAGGAGGGGAUAUCAACUUGUGCUAGGUCCCGGGACGAGCAAGCUGGCCAACAAGGUGACGCUAUACCUGCACCAAUUGAUCUUGAGGCAUAUGAGGAUGAUGUGAUUAUAACUUCCCCAGGGGCAUUUGCAGAGGCUAAAAAUAAUUCUAGAAGGAAUCAUGGAAAGACUCUUGUGAUUGACCUAGACUCUGAGGAAAGGUCAUCUCGUAACAAGCGCAGAAGAAUUUCUACAAACCAAACAAUUAUAAAUUGUGACGUGUACGUCAAUCUGGAAGAAAGCAGCAAUGGAAUGAAAAACACAGCACAGAGUUUGGUGGCUUCACAGCCAAUUCCACCACCCCCAAAGGAACCUAAAUUCAGCUGUCCAGUUUGCAUGGGCCCAUUAGUCGAGGAGGUAUCAACCAAGUGUGGUCAUAUUUUCUGUAAGGCAUGCAUCAAGACUGCCAUAGCUGCUCAGAGUAAAUGUCCUACCUGUAGAAGGAAAAUAACUAUGAAAGACACAUUCAGGAUCUAUCUUCCUGCUACAACUAGGGCUUGAGUGUCCGACAUAUAUCGGACACCAGUACGUCUCUGACAUGUCGCCGUUGCGUGUGGGAGAUGAAGAAGAACUGAAGGCGUGUCGGAAGAACUUAAGAAUGAAGAUCAGCGCCAGGACGGCACUGAGGAAGAAGACAGUAAACUCUAUUUUUUUGCGGUAGAAAUGAAGAGGCGUGUUUGGCAUUAUUUCCAAAAAAGUUUACUUUUUAAUUCAGAUGUAUUGUGCCCCAAAACAUUAAGACUUCUACUAUCUAUUUGAUAGGUUUUCCUUCUAGUUUUACCCUUUAACAAAAAAAUCUAUCCAUUGAUUUUGUAUAUUUAUAAUUUCAGCUAAACCUUUAGGACAGAGAUGAGAUUUUCUGAAAUGGUUCCAAGGCACAAUCAUGUGGACUGCCAUACUAUAAUAUUAGCCAGUAGUACUAAAUGUCUGAUUUC